UCGGAAGCUUUCUUCUCAGAAAUGGUAGCAGAAGAAGAGAGAGAGAGAGAGAGAGGAGGAAAAAAAAGAAGCAAGCGAAGAUGAGAGGGUAGAGUUUCGGAGCCUAUCCACUUCUCGUCUCGAUCCGAUCAAAAUCCCCGUUUAUCCAAACCAGUUAUUAUUAUUUCCAAAACGACCAUCUUUCCUUGUUUCUCCUGUCUCUCUCCCGCCGCUUCCUCUCUCCUCUUCGUCUUCCUCCUUUUCUUCUCUCCCUCGCAGGGUUAGGGUUAGGGUUCCCAAUAUGAGAGGCCAGGACCAGACUUCGAGGCUCUUCUACGAGCUCUGCGCCCUCCUCCUCACCAUACUUCGCUCCCCCCACCUCGCCAUUCCGCGCUCCGACGCCCCCCAGGCGGCGGCGCCACCGUCCCCGCGGCCCCCGCAGGCGGAGGUGGCGGCGAGAUCCGGCGCCGCGAGGCGGUCUCAGGUCUCCCCGGUGGGCUUCGCCUCGCUCCUACUCGGGGCGUCGCUCGCGCUCAUGCUAUGCGGCUCGGUGACCUUCGUGAUCGGGUUCAUUCUAAUGCCUUGGGUGAUCGGGCUGAUUGUGAUGUUCUAUGUCGUCUGGAUCGUGUCGAAUCUAUCGGGGUUGGGGAGGGCGAUCCUUUGCCCCGCUCCCCCUUCCCCUGCGGUUUCGUCCCCCAAGGAGAUCACCGGCCAACUCUUUUCUAAAUUUCCAAUUAUUUAGAUGUGAAAGUUGCAACUGAUGUAAGUAGGCCUACCACGGAGGUCCAUAGUAUCAAAACUUUUUUGCAGGCCAGGAUUUCACUUGAUCCAUCUCAGCUGAUCCUGGUUUAUACCAUCCCUAAAUCUGCUGCUUUUUUUUAAAAAAAAUUUAGUCAUACCUUGUACCUGUUAUCAGUCCUUAUAUGUGUUCAAAGACCAUCACCUUCUGUUCAGCAGUUGCUUUGUAGAGAUGCAAUAUAUUUUGCUACAAGGGAUUUUAGAAAUCCUGAUCUUUACCUGUUAUGGUCUGGUGCCUUAUUUUUCUUCA